GUUAUUUGAUUGUGCGUAUCGCUCACUGUGAUGCUGUAUGUGAGGAUGUUCAUGAUAAAGGUUGCAUGACGUCAAGGAGCAUUCAAGUAACUAAAACGCACCGCAUCUAUCGUUCCUUUCGGAUUUGCGGUCGCAAAGGGAUUUUUGCUAAUGUGCAUCUAAGAGCGAAUAUUUUUUUCACUUGCUCCUUUGUGGACUCUAAAAAUGGGAAGAUUAGACACACUGAGAGAAUUUAAUUUAUUGUCAUGGAUGAGAGAGGAAAGACAAUCGAGGAAGUUGAUCCUGGUCAUCGUUUUCAUCGCCUUGCUGCUGGAUAAUAUGCUUCUAACGGUGGUCGUCCCCAUCAUCCCUAGCUACCUAUACACAAUUGAUGAUGCAGCAGCCAACAUGGCCAAGAAUCACACUACGGCCUCCCCACACACCCCUUCUGGAACCUUCCAGACCAUCGUGUCCCUCUAUGACAACUCUGUCAGGGUAACCAGCGGUGGCCCAAUGGACUCCACACCCAUACCCUUGGGUCAGACGCAGGGGGUUUCUUCUUCCACCUCGGCUCUCACACCCCACAACUCCACACAGCCCGACUGCCCCAAAGCAGACGACCAGCUGCUCAAUGAGAAUGUGAAAGUGGGACUACUCUUUGCCUCCAAGGCCACUGUACAGCUCAUCACCAACCCCUUCAUUGGGCCUCUCACCAACAGAAUAGGAUACCAGAUCCCCAUGUUUGCUGGGUUCUGUAUUAUGUUCCUGUCAACCAUCAUGUUCGCCUUCUCAUCGAGCUACACUCUGCUGUUUCUGGCCAGAUCCCUGCAGGGUGUGGGCUCCUCCUGCUCCUCCGUGGCUGGGAUGGGGAUGCUUGCCAGUGUGUACACAGAUGAUGAGGAGAGGGGAAAUGCCAUUGGGAUAGCCCUCGGUGGUCUCGCCAUGGGUGUGCUGGUGGGCCCACCAUUUGGCAGUGUCAUGUAUGAGUUUGUGGGGAAAACGGCACCUUUCCUCAUUCUGGCUGUUCUGGCUGUGCUGGAUGGAGCACUGCAACUGUUCAUUCUCCAGCCCUCAAAGGUGGAACCAGAGAGCCAGAAAGGGUCUUCACUAUGGAGUCUUAUGAAAGAUCCAUACAUACUCAUUGCUGCAGGAUCCAUUUGUUUUGCGAACAUGGCCAUCGCCAUGUUAGAACCAGCGUUGCCUAUUUGGAUGAUGGAGACCAUGUGUCCAAGAAAAUGGCAGCUAGGCAUUGCCUUCGUGCCAGCCAGCAUCUCUUACCUUAUUGGAACCAACAUCUUUGGCGUCCUCGCACACAAGAUGGGGAGAUGGCUGUGCUCUCUCAUCGGGAUGGUACUAGUGGGGGUUAGCAUCCUCUGUGUUCCUUUUGCUAAGGACAUCUAUGGACUAAUACUUCCGAAUUUCGGUGUUGGUUUUGCAAUUGGCAUGGUGGAUUCCUCUAUGAUGCCAAUCAUGGGCUAUUUAGUGGACCUGAGACAUGUGUCAGUCUAUGGCACUGUGUACGCCAUUGCUGAUGUGGCAUUCUGCAUGGGCUUUGCUUUAGGUCCGUCGGCUGGGGGCGCCAUAGCGAAGAGCAUUGGGUUCUCCUGGCUCAUGACCAUCAUCGGCGUCGUGGACAUCCUCUUCGCUCCCCUCUGUUACUUCCUCAGGAGUCCUCCUGGGAGGGAAGAGAAAAUGGCCAUCUUGAUGGACUCCAACUGCGCAAUGAAGACCCGAUCAUACUCAACACAAGGGAACACAGAGUACGAAGAGAUGGAGACAGAGUAUGAUGAGUAGUAAUGGACACCAGACAGGUAUGUUACCUUCCAGAGGAUCUAUUUUGUUGUACAAAAACAGAGAUAAAAAUCCAAAAUCCAAAAAAAACAGCAAAGCUGUUUCGAUGUGAAUGUCUCAUGUGCGGUCGGUCUUCACUGUUCUAUGUCAUUGUGAUCGUACGACUGGAGCAAACCAAAGUUGUUCUCAUCCCUCUGUGGUCACAAGCAUGUUGCUUGUGUUUAUUUUUAGCCAACAGCCUUAUCCAAUGGAAGUGGAACAUGUGUCAAAACAGGGUUUUCAUAGGCCCUAAUAGUAGAACGUUGUGAGUCAUAUUUACUGGAUAGUUCAGCUGAGGGUGAUCUCAUAGAUCACCAAAUUGUGUACUGCAGGUCAGCAAGGAGUACAAACCUGUCUUAAUAAUUCACCUUUUGGCCAUUAACAGUCUUAAUCAACAUAUCUAAUACAGAAAUAUGAAAAAAAUGGUACUUAGUUUCUACAAAGAUAGAAGUAACUCUGACUUUGGAUCAGAUUUAACAUCUUGAACAAGGCACUAUGAGAACACUGCUUUAGUGUUUGUCAUUCUAUUUGUUGAUUAUAAUUGUAUUAUGAUGAGAGAUGGUAAAUGAUUUAGAUAUAAAGUAUUACAUACUCUAUACAAGUUACUCAAUACAUUUGGAAUGAGAAUUUGUUAACUGCUUUGGACAAGGCAAAUCACAAUGUAUGGGUUGCAUUUUACCUUGAAAUUGGCCUUUUUUUCAUUGAUUCUACAAACAUGUUUUUACAUUGACAUUCGAAUUGAGGAAAUACCUGAACUAAAACCUUUGAAGUCAUAGAAAGUUAUAUCCCCAGAAUCCAGUGCUGUCCUGGGUUGACUGCUUAUGACUAUUUGCAUGGUAUACCACAUAAAAAACACAGCACCACUUCAAUAUCAUCCUCAGUUACACCUUCCACAUACAAAAAUGGUUAAUGAAACACAUUUUCACUGUAAAUAAUACCUCAGCUCAUAGAAAACAUAUUUUGCUUUUUUUAUUUGUACAUUUUGGAAAGCCAUUUGAAUGUGUGGAAAAGUAAGACUUAUAUCUGAGUGAUUUUUGAAUACAGAUAAUAGAAUUUUAUCUUUCUGUUUACCCUCAGCUCCAUUUACAGACAAUUGGAAACAUAUAUCUUAUAGGCUUUUCUUAAUGUGUUUGUGUCAAUAUAAUGUUUAGGUAGAAGAUGUGUAACUAAGAUUUUUGUUACUUUCCCUAUUGAUAUUACAAGCCGUAAACAUAUACGGACACAGCUUUACUUAGUCUCUGAUUAAACAUCACCUUAAGGAGAGGAGAAAUUCCAUAAGCACUUUAUCAGUCUACAUAUCCACACCAUUUAACUCCAAGGACAGUUCUGGUAUGUUAAUGUUGGUUUAGCAGAGAGAGAAUAUUGAGGUGAUCAGUCUGUUUUGUCGUGUCUGUUAGUGAGAAAACACUCUCAAAGUUUUAUCAAAGAUUAUCAAAGCAUUAACUUUAUUUGUGAAUUUAUUGAUCACUUCCAGGUCAUCAAUAAGUAGACCCUUUUUCUAGCUGUUUAACACACAAUACGGAAAGCACAGCAUACAUCGUUUCCAAAAUGAAAUGAGUUUAUUAUAUUGUCCAGCAGUGCAUGCACACACUGAGUAUACAAAACAUUAGGAACACCUUCCUAAUAUUGAGUUGCACCCACCUAUUUUGCCCUCAGAAUAGCCUCAAUAUGUUGGGGCAAGGCCUCUACAAGGUGUCGAAAGCUUUCCACAGGGAUGCUGGCCCAUGUUGACUCCAAUGCUUCCCACAGUUGUGUCAAGUUGGCUGGAUGUCCUUUGAGUGGUGGACCAUUAUUGAUACA